UCCUUGGCACAAGUCCCGUCAAUUGGGCAGCAGCAAAUAUCACCACUUCAAUCGCCACAAGACUUGCCAUCUUCCCUGCAGCUACACUCUCAGACUCCCAUCGUCUUACUCGCAGACGCAGCCUUCACAGGCAUCACUCCAACAACUUGGUCAGCUGCAAAUGCCUCAGUCUGGUGGUUAAAACCCCUUCAGUUAGUCGUUGCCAUCCCCAUAGGUAUGGAAAGAGCUACGAGACUCCCGAAGAAAUGAAGCUACGAUUCUCGAUUUUCUCGGAGAACUUGAAGCUCAUCAAAUCGCACAACAAAAAGAAACUUUCCUACACUCUUAGUGUCAAUCAUUUUUCCGAUUGGACCUGGGAAGAGUUCCGCAAACAUAGGUUGGGAGCUGCUCAAAACUGUUCUGCCACCACAAGGGGAAAUCACAAGCUCACUGAUGAAGUUCUUCCUAAUUCGAAAGACUGGAGAGUGACAGGAAUAGUCAGCCCAGUCAAAGAUCAAGGCCACUGCGGAUCAUGCUGGACUUUCAGCACCACAGGGGCUCUGGAGGCAGCUUACAAGCAGGCAUUUGGAAGGGCGAUCUCUCUAUCAGAACAGCAGCUUGUGGUUUGUGCAGGAGCUUUUAAUACCUUUGGCUGCAAUGGUGGGUUGCCAUCCCAAGCCUAUGAGUAUAUCACAUACAACGGGGGUCUUGACACGGAGGAAGCAUACCCUUACACUGCAAAAGACGGUGCUUGCAAAUUUUCUUCUGAAAAUGUUGGUGUCCAAGUUCUUGACUCUGUCAACAUUACCCUGGGUGCUGAAGAUGAACUAAAGCAUGCUGUUGCAUUUGUCCGGCCAGUGAGUGUGGCAUUUCAGGUGGUGGAUGGCUUCCGAAUCUAUCUCUCUCUCUCUCAUAUUUCCACUUUCAACCCCACAAUCUUUUUUUUUUAAUCAACCCACUAUCUCUCUCUCUGGUCCCUUUUUCUCUCUCUCUACUCAAGGAUCCACCACUUUGUCAACUUUCCAACCCCUUCCUUCACCUUUUGCACUCCACUCACCAUUUAUCUACCGAUUCAGGGGACAAAGCAUAUAUAUCUUUUAUUAUUAUAAUAUAUUACCCACACUAUUAUCCUUCACUCACCCUAUAUCUACUGAUUCAUCAAUAUAUAUAUAUAUAUAUAAUGAUUUUUCACAAACCUUUAUUUUAUUUUUAUUUUUAUUUUUUCUAUCUUUCUUUUUCAAUAUUUCAAUAUUCUACAACUCAGUUGGUGAGCAUCAUCCUUUUUCCAUUCUCUUAUUAUUUUAUUUUAUUUUUAUUCCAAUACCCAAAAAUAAAAAACUAAAAAAAAACAAUCCAUUCACAACCAACUCUUUUCAUUCCACAACUUGUCAUUUCUUCAUGCCGGGAUCAACCCCGAUCAUCAUUUU